CAUCUAGGCAACCUAACAAAUAUUUUACAAACGCCAUGGACGAAAAAUGUACAAACUACCACAAUAAACAUUCAGUUGUUUUUAAACUAUCGAAAAGUAAACGUUUAAUCUCUCCAAAAGCAAUAUGUCCAAUAAUCAUUACAAUGAUGUCUGGCACUUGGCCCAGCAAGAACUUGAACUGUUGGCUCUAUGUGAUUAUGAGCGACAAAAUCAGGAUAUAGACACUACAGUGGCAGCAUUUGCUGCUGCUAAUGCUGAUAGCGAAUUAGCUUAUGGAGACUCAAAGUCCUUGAUGCAGGCAAGUACUUAUGAAUUUUAUCUCAAGUACAUUUGUUUGGCCAAUCAAUUGGAAGAGGUAUACGACAAAAUGAUACAACCGCAAAAGAGGCAAUUAAUACGUAAUCUUCUGGAUGCCACUUUGGGUAGAGUUAUUGAAUUAAAACACGAUUUGGUUAAUAUUGAUGUUAUGGAGUUCAGUUAUAAUGAUGCUAUAGUUGAACGUUUAAAAUUAACGCCCAUAGAUACGGAACUAAGAAUACCUAGAUAUUUCCUGCGGGAGAGGCGUAAGGAAAUAGAACAACGUAAUAAAACUAUGCAUGAUAUAUUGGUGAAAUUGGGUUGGGUGGAGGAGAAUCCUAUAGUAGAACAAAUUAGUGAAAUUGAGGCUAUACGUUUGAUACAAAUGCAUGAGAGGGCUCGUCAGGGUAGAUUGAGAGCACAUUUUAUGAAGGAAAUACGCAUGCUGAAGGAAAAAGGUAAGACUGAGGAGAAAGAUAAAGAUCGUACAGAUAGUGGUCUGAUGGCUGCUAUGAAAAUACAAAAAAUGUGGCGUGGUCAUACGGCUAGACGAAAAACACGUAGACGUAAACUAGAUGAAAUGAUAUUGAUAGGAAUGGUGCCACCACCAUCACAAGUUGUUAAGGCAAGGGCAGAAAAAGUGGAAAAAUUGAAUGAGAUCUUCGAAAGACGUUAUGCCACCCAAGAAGCUUUUAAGGAAAAAUUUGAAUCCACUGUAGAGCUAGUACGUGAAGAAAUAAAGGUAAAACAUGGUGCCAGUAUGACCGAAGAUAUUGCCGAUGAAUUGCGCGCUUGGAUUAAAGAUUGUUAUGAGAAAACUGGCAAAUUACCCGACUUCCCCUCGGAAGAUCAAGGCGGUUCUUUACAUAUAUUCAGUCGACCCGGCACCGAAAGUGAAAUGAGUCGUUCUUCGGCACGCUCAUCCAAAGAGUCACGUAAAACCAAAGAUAAAUCGAAAUCACCAGCAAGAAGCGGCGAUUUAAAUGUAAAUGAAAACCAACUUGAAGAAGAUGGAGGUUUGCAACCGGCUCAAUCCAAUUGUUUGCCCGAUAUCAGAGUCGAAAUUGAAAGAUUUAAUGAAAUAUGGCGCGAUAAGGACGAAUCGGGAAAUCUGCGACAAAUGGCAUAUGAGGACAUGAUUUACAACGAAAAAUACAAUGAGAUUGAAAGGGAGUUUCGUAAGAUUGUAGAUGAUGUUAUGCGUCAAGAAUUGGAAUUGUUACAGAAUGCCACCGGUAAAAAAGCCAAGAAAAGCAAUAAGAAAGCUAGACGUUCUGGCAAGAAAGGCAAAAAGAAGAAGGAAAAGGACUUAACACCAGAUCGUACCACUGAAUCACUAUACGAAGAGUUGGUGACCAAUGGUAUUAUACGAAAAUAUCCCGAAAUAAGAAUGAGCCAAUAUUUGGGUGACAAAGCCAUAACCGCCAGAUCCGGCACAAGUCCUUCACCAGGCGAUAUAAGACAAAUUUUAACCGAAUAUUGUAUAUUACCCUUGGGCUCAGAACAAAUACACAAUUCUUGUCCACUAAUACGUUCUAUAUUAUUAGCCGGUCCCAAAGGUUCGGGUAAAAAGGCUUUAUUACAUGCCAUUUGUACAGAAGUUGGUGCGGUUUUAUUCGAUUUAACUCCUGCCAAUAUUGUGGGCAAAUAUCCGGGUAAAUCGGGUUUGAUUAUGUUAAUACAUUUGGUUUUAAAAGUAUCACGUUUACUACAACCAUCCGUCAUUUAUAUGGGUGAUGCGGAAAGACCAUUUAUGAAAAAAGUACCCAAAACCGAUCGUACAGAUCCUAAACGUUUGAAAAAAGAUUUGCCUAAGUUAAUUAAGAAUAUUGCACCGGAGGAUCGUGUUUUAUUUAUAGGAACUUCGAAUUUACCCUGGGAAGCUGAUCAGAAACUUUUGCAACAAACUUAUAAUCGUUUUAUUUAUAUACCCAGACCGGACUAUGGAGCAUUGUCGCAUGCUUGGAAGACAUUAUUGCAUGAAUAUUCUGGUGGUUUAUCUAAUUUGGAUUGCAGUGUUAUGGCCAAAAUUUCAGAUGGUUAUACCAUAGGUGCAGUAAAUGCUUGUUUAAAGGAAGUACUAACCUGUAAGCGAAAAUUACAAUUGCGCUCUCAACCCUUAACUCAUGUAGAGCUUAUUAAUGCUUUAUGUACCAGAGAUCCAGUUUACCGAGAAGAGGAAGAAGCCUACGAAUCCUGGUGGGCCAAGACACCUUUGGGUCGUAGACGUCAACGUUUAUUAGAAAUUGAAGAAGAAGCCCGUUUAGAGGAACAAGUACAGGCGGCAAAACAAACUAAUGGCAAGAAAAAAGCAUAA